AUGGAAAUUCCUAUAGAAACUUCUACUGCUACAGUCGGUUUCGACACCUUCUCUCCUCAAGAAACAGUCUCUCGUGAGUUCUCCUUUACCUUGCAAAAAAAAGUUGCCGGCUACAAACGAACCAAAUGGUCACGUACGUUCUUAGUCGCCACCGACAUGGAAGAAUAUAGCGAUAAUGCUGUUGAAUGGUUGUUGGAAAAUAUGCUGGAUACUAACGAUGAGGUUGUUGCUUUGCGAGUUGUUCCGUUCGAUUUUAUGGAUUCGUUUUCAAAGAGUUCAAUGCUUUCCUCCGUUGAGGCUCAGAAAGAAAAGACGAUAGAAGAUGCUAAUCUAUUGAUGCAAAAAAUCAUUGAAAUGAAUGAUGAAAAAGCUAUUAAUAUUAUCGUGGAAUUUGUGAUUGGCAAAGUUCAAGACACCAUUCAGCAUAUGAUAGAAUUAUAUCGGCCCGAAGUUUUGGUUGUUGGGACGAGAGGACGUUCACAGGCAAAAAGUUUGCUUAUGGGCAGCAUAUCAAUGUACUGCCUACAGAAUUCGCCGGUCCCCGUUAUUGUUGUUCGACCGGAGAAGCGUGUAAAACAGGAACAAGAAAAAAAACUAAAAAAAAAGAAACGUAAAGAUUCGCUUGAGCCAUCGAUAUUGUUGUCUCCAUCCAGUUCUAAUGGCACUGACAAUGGUCAACAAGAGCGAUCGACCAGUAUACAAAGUUUGGAAGGUCUUGAAGAUACAAGCGGAGAAAUUGCAGUUGGGAAGACAAAAUCCCUUUGA